AUGAAACACAGAUAUUAUGAUCAAGAUGGACAAUAUUAUACUGAUAGUCAAGAAUAUUUUGAUCAAAAACAAGAACCAAUACCUGAAGAAGAUGAAGAUCAUCUUUCAUCUAAUUAUGCCGGUGAUAAGAAACAAACAAUCAAUGAAGAUACCGAAAAAGAUCUUUCAUGGCGGUGCAGAUAUUGUACUGCAGAAAAUAAAUCAACGGAUGUUGAUUGUCGUCAAUGUAAACAAAGGGGAACAAAUUUUUAA